ACUCUGAGCCCUUUGAGUCCCGGAAGUCCAGAACACACCCAACCUGAUUGAUUGCAGUGUCCAGAAUGCUGGAGCAUAGCUAACAGACAAAGCAAAGAGCAUUUCACCAUGAGGGACCCACUGACGGAUUGCUCGUACAAUAAAGUAUACAAGAGCCUGAAGGAGUUUGCUCAAAAUGGAGAGAGUUUCUGCAAGCAGAUCACAUCCGUCCUUCAGCAAAGGGCCAACCUGGAGAUUACCUAUGCCAAGGGACUUCAGAAACUGGCAGUCAAACUGAGCAAAGCACUACAGAGCACAAAUAAAAACUGUCUCAGCAUUGCCUGGGCUUGGGCCUCAGAGAGCAUGAAAUCUGCAGCAGACCUACAUCAAAAACUUGGCAAAGCAAUUGAGUUGGAAGCAAUAAAGCCGACGCAUCAAGUCCUGAGUAUGCAAGAGAAGAAGAGGAAAUCGCUUGAUAAUGAAGUUGAAAAGACAGCAAGUCUUGUUAUUAACAACUGGAACCAGCAAAUCAAGGCUAAGAAAAAAUUAAUGAUGAGUACCAAGAAGCAUGAAGCACUUUUCCACCUUGUAGAAAGCUCCAAGCAGACCGUGACCCAGAAGGAGAAACAGAAGCUCCUCAACAAACUGAAAAAAUCAACUGAAAAAUUGGAAAAGGAAGAUGAAAGUUACUACCAAAAGAACAUGGCAGGCUAUUCGACUAGACUGAAGUGGGAGAGUGCGCUGGAAAACAGUUACAAGAGCAUGCUGGAGCUGGAGAAGGAAAGAAUUCAACUGUUGUGCAAUAACUUAAACCAGUACAGCCAGCAUAUUUCCCUUUUUGGACAGACGCUGACCACAUGCCACACACAGAUCCACUGUGCCAUCAGCAAGGUUGACGUUGAGAAAGACAUCCAGGCUCUAAUGGAAGAAACCGCAGUCCUAUCGACGGAAAACAAAUCCGAGUUCCUACUGACUGACUACUUUGAAGAAGAUUUAAAGAAUGCAAUGGAUAAAGAGAGACGGAAGUUGUUGAUAAAACCAAAAUUGUCGAGACUGCAAAGAGACAUUGAAAAGGCCUCAAGAGACAAAGAAGGCCUGGAACAGAAGCUCAAGACACUGUCCAGCAACUCCUCCUUCUCUGAUGCCAAGAGCCAGAAGGAUGCAGAGGCCUUAAUGGACGAGACCAGUUUGAAACUAGACCUUUUGCAAGCAAACUCCUACAAACUGUCAUCAGUGUUAGCAGACCUGGAGCAAAGGCCGAAGCCCAGCCAUCCCUGUAGCACCUGCAUCUUCAAGUGGAAAGAAAAGGAGCACUCUCACACUUAUGUAAGAAUAUCCCGGCCUCUCUUGACGAAGAGAUUGGAGAAAGUUGUGAACAAGGCACCUUCUGGUGGGCAGAACAGCCCCAGCUCUUCACCUUCAGCCUCUGUGUCCCAAGUCACCAACCAUCUUUGCAAGGCCUUGUACACUUUCCAAGCCAGGCAAGACGAUGAGUUGAAUUUGGAAAAAGGAGACAUUGUGACCCUACACGAGAAGAAAGAAGAAGGAUGGUGGUUCGGCUCUUUGAAUGGGAAGAAAGGCCAUUUUCCUGCUGCCUAUGUGGAGGAGCUGCCUUUAAAGGCUGGAAGCCCAGCUACGCAGUCAUAAGACUGGACAGAUGGGUGGCGGCCUUACAUAUUCUGUAAACUAUGUGAUGCAAAUAAAUAGGAACAGUCAUCA